ACUGCCAUUUAUCGUGUCGUUUGAAACUGCAUGUGAUCAUGCACAAAUUUUCAACGUGAAAUUUAGUUGCGCGACGAGUUACGGUAUGCCUUCGAGUAGUUCGAGUUAAUUUUCGAUGUUUGUGGUUUGCUUACUGUGAAAUGAAUAAAAAGAGAAAAAUUUGUAUUGUUGUAUGUGCGGUUCUGGCCAUGGAAACCACGAAAAAUAAAAAGAAAAAACGACGUAUAUGGCAGAAAAAAAUGGCUGGCUGAGCGAGAAAAAUAUAGUCACAUGUCGUUUCUGCGAAAAUUGAGAGAUAAUGAUCCAGGCGACUUUAAAAAUUACUUAAGGAUGGAGAGCAAUACGUUUGAUGAACUUCUGAGUUUAAUGCGAGCAUAUCUUAGUAAACAAGAUACUGCAAUAAGACAAAGUAUGCCUGCCGAUGAACGACUUAUUGCCACGACUCUUCGUUUUCUUGCUACUGGAAGUAGUUAUGAAGAUCUUAAAUUCACUACAGGAAUAUCUGUUCAAGCUUUAGGACGCAUCAUACCCGAAACAUGCAAGGCUCUAUAUGAAGUAUUACAUAAGGAUUACUUGAAGAUGCCGUCAAGUGAAGACGAUUGGAGAAUCGUUGCUGAAGGCUUUAACUCACAAUGGCAGAUACCAAACUGUGGAGGCGCCAUCGAUGGAAAACACAUUCGCAUAUUUCCGCCACCAAAUACAGGCGCAUUGUAUUGUAACUAUAAGAACUUUUAUAGUAUUGUGUUAAUGGCGAUCGUGAACGCAGAAUAUGAGUUCUUGUAUGUUGAUGUUGGAAAAAAUGGUCGACUAUCAGAUGGUUGAGUACUAGGAUACACGACGUUUUUCAGACAUUUAAUUUCAGAUAGACUUAAUUUGCCUCAUAUUACGGAAAUUACUGCAAAUUUAAACUUCGUGUUUAUAGGAGAUGAAGCAUUUGCUUUACAUGACCAUAUUUUAAACCAUUUCCACAAAGGGAUCUUACUUAUGAAAGGCGAUUAUAUAAUUACAUAUUAUCAAGGGGAAGAAAUGUUGUUGAGAAUGUUUUCGGUUUGAUUGCAGCCAGAUUUUGAAUUUUGCAUACGCCUAUAAACGUUGCCGUUCAUAAAGUUUGUUACUUUAUAAUGGCUAUAUGUGUACUUCAUAACUUUCUAAAGAGAAAAGCAAGAUCAUAUGUUAAUGGGAAUGCGUUGGAUUCAGUAAAUGCAACCUCUCACGAAAUAAAUUACAAUGCCGAAUGGCGAGAAAGUGAAGUACAACUUGUUGGUCUAAGAACUGUACGUCAGAGUAAUUAUUUAUCAGCAAAAUCAAAUCGCGAUAAAUAUAUUACCUACUUUAGUGAAAAAGGUGAAGUACCAUGCUAACGUAGGGAAAAGCCUAAACAAUUCUAUAACUUAUAGUUUAAAUUUGAAUAUUUACACAAAAAAAUAAAAUAUAAAGUUUGAGUGGACACUAAAUUGUCAGCAAUAAAUAAAACUGAAAUAAUAUAAAAUGUAUACUAACCACUUUAUUGCUUUCACCAUUUUCCUUCUCCUUUCUAGAAGCAGCACGUGGUUGUUGUUCUUCAACUGAAGAAAUUUAACUAUUUUGUGUAGCGUUUUCCUCAAGUUUAUCA